AUGGCUUCCGAGACUGCUGACAAGGCCAGCCGGCCCCGCGUCUACUUUGACAUCUCCAUUGGCGGCAAGCCUGCCGGCCGCGUCGCCAUGGAGCUUUACUCGGACCUUGUGCCCAAGACAGCUGAAAACUUCCGCGCCCUCUGCACCGGCGAGAAGGGUCAAGGAAAGUCGGGCAAGCCAUUGCACUACAAGGGCUCUAUUUUCCAUCGUGUCAUCAAGCAAUUCAUGAUCCAGGGUGGUGAUUUCACUGAGGGUAAUGGUACCGGUGGCGAAUCUAUCUAUGGCGCCAAAUUCGACGAUGAGGCUUUCCCCGAGAAGCACGAUCGUCCUUUUCUCCUCUCCAUGGCCAACUCUGGACCCAACACAAACGGCUCGCAGUUCUUCAUCACGACCGUCCCCACGCCUCAUCUUGAUAACAAGCACGUCGUCUUUGGCGAGGUCCUGAGCGGCAAGUCUGUCGUGCGUCAGAUUGAGAACCUGCGCACCUCGUCCGGCGACAAACCCGAGAAGGAGGUUGUCAUUGCCGAUUGCGGCGAGCUCAAGGGCGAUGAGGCCCUGACCGCCGACGUCAAGAAGCCCGACGCCACCGGCGACCCCUACGAGGAUUUCCCUGACGACUUUCCGGCCGAACAGCAGCCUCUCCCGGCCUCCAAAAUUCUCGAGGUUGCCACUGCAUGCAAAGACUUUGGAAACAAGGCCUUCAAGGCCGGCAACUUGCACCUCGGUCUGGAAAAGUACGAAAAGGGUCUGCGCUACCUCAAUGAGGACCCUGACCUGGACAACGAGCCCGCCACUACAAAGCCGGCCCUUGACGCCCUGCGUUUCUCGCUCAACAACAACAGUGCACUUCUCAGCAUGAAGCUCCAGAGUUGGGCGGAGUGCCAGCGCAGCGCUUCGGCUGCUCUAGCUGCUACCGGUGAGGUCAAGGACGCGGACCGCGCCAAGGCCCUGUAUCGCCGCGGUGUUGCCCACGUCCACCUCAAGGAUGAGGAGGCUGCCAUCAAGGAUCUCGAGGAGGCGCACAAGCUGGCUCCUAGCGAUGGUCUGAUUGUCAGCGAGCUGAACUCUGUCAAGAUCAAGGCUACAGCGCGCGCCGCCAAGGAGAAGGCUGCGUAUAAGAAGUUUUUCCAAUGA